AUGAAUCAACCUCAAAUACCCUUAUACCAACCAGGAACCCUCCUGACUGUGGGAUCACAUAAAGUUCAAGUAGUAAAAUAUUUGACCAGUGGUGGGUUUGCUCAAAUUUACACAGUGCAGAUCUCCCCUCCUGAUAAAUUCACAAAUACCAAUGUUGCGUGCCUGAAAAGGGUGAUUGUACCAGAUAAACCAAGUUUAAACACUCUGAGAGCCGAAGUAGACACUAUGAAAUUGCUUCGAAAUAAUGCUCAUGUCGUUUCAUAUAUUGACUCUCAUGCAGCUAAAUUCAAUCCUAACGAAGGUUCAUAUGAAGUGUUUCUUUUAAUGGAAUAUUGUGACAUGGGAGGACUUAUAGAUUUUAUGAACACUAGACUGCAAGAAAGAUUACGUGAAGAUGAAAUACUGAACAUUAUGUCACAGGUGACUCAAGGGAUUGCUGCCAUGCAUGCACUUCAUCCUCCAUUGUUACAUCGGGAUAUUAAGAUUGAAAAUGUACUGUUGACCAGUAAAGGUGAGUAUAAGGUUUGCGAUUUUGGAUCUGUCUGUGGUAUUAUUCGACCCCCUUCGAACGCGCAAGAGGUUUCAUAUGUACAGCAUGAUAUAAUGAAGAAUACAACGGCUCAAUACAGAGCUCCAGAAAUGAUUGAUUUGUAUCGUGGAUUGCCUAUUGAUGAAAAAUCUGAUAUAUGGGCUCUUGGUGUGUUUCUUUAUAAGUUGUGCUAUUAUACAACACCAUUUGAGAAAAAUGGUGAAGCUGCUAUUUUACAUGCUACGUUCCAAUUCCCAAACUAUCCUCAGUACAGUGAUCGUCUUAAGAAACUAAUCACUUAUAUGUUGAUGGAACAACCUUCACAAAGACCCAAUUCUUACCAAGUUUUAGAAGAAGUCUCGAGUAUGCAGAACGUUCAAUGUCCAAUUCCAAACUUUUAUCUAAUGAAUAAUAAUGUUACCCAAGGCCAAAUGGCCAUGCAAACGCAACCACAGAAUAAUGGUGCAAUGAUGGCGAGUCCAAAUAUGCAGCCAUAUGUUCCAAAUAAUAAUUUCGUUUAUAACACUCCUAAUGCUGUGUCAAUGAAUGAUAUCCAAAUGAUGAAUGCCAUCAAUCUGAAGGUGAACUCUACACAUAACACUGGCAUGAUACCGCCAACUAUGGCAACAAAUAUGGCACGUACUAUUCCAAUGCAGCCAGUUCAAAAAUCGCAAACAUUGCCCGUAUCUUCGAUACCCACGAAUCUACAAAAUACAAACAAGUCAUCUCCUUUUAAUUUGAAAUCAACAACUACUUAUGUGGAUUCAGAGACUCAGACAGAGACCCCAAAGCAAACGCUUAACAAAGCAAUUUCAAGUAACACUGAAGGCUUUUCUCUAAUAAAUGAAAAGAACCCUAAUUCUGUUCCAAUGUUGUCACCCUCUUUCUCGACCUCCUCUUCAUCUUCCUCUUCUGAUGAAAAUGAUUCUGUAGAUUUAAGAAACAAAGCUUAUUCUCCAAUUAGAACUCCAUUAAAAUCCCAACUUCAGGAUAAUGAUGAAAGAAUAAAGAAGGUUAUUCAAGUGGCGAAGGAGGGGUUAAGUAGGAGUAGAACUUCGUUAGAGUCUGAACCAACAUUUAAAAAGGAGAAAAAGAACAAAGUAUAUAACGCCACUUUGGAAAAAGCAAAGAAACAUCGUAGUUUACCUGUAAUGGAGACAACAAUAAAACCAGAUUCUACAAAGCCAAUUGCAUCAAAAUCGGAAAUAUCGUUUGCAGAACCUGCAGUUAAAUCCAAUUCAAAGUCUAAUGAAGAAACAAAAAUAUUAAUAAAGCAAAAAAUGUUAGAGAAACUAAAUGCCUCUCAGAAUCAAUUCAAAAAGAAAUCCAUCCCUGAUGGGGAUUCUAUCCAUAAGAAUGACCAAACACCCAAACCAAAAGUGCCGUCUAAACCUGCGCAUUUAAGGCCAAAAGUACCUAAAAAACCAGCGUUCCUUUCUAGUCAAAAGAUUAAAUAG